AUGAUGAUCAGAUUCCCUGAAGUGUCACCUAUUCACAGGGUGUCCCAAGCUGCCCUUCCUCCACUGUUGUCAACUCAGUGUCAACCAAGGACCUCUUGGAACCAGAGUCAAACACCAACACUGCAAGCACCUGGCCCUUCAGAUACAGCCAUCGCUAAUGCAACUGAGGUCUCUCCUGAAUCCCCACAUCCCCAGGUUGCAGAAAUAACAAGAAAGAUGAGACAGAUGGAUGGAGCAAGUGACCUUAUGGACUUGAUCAUAGUCACCAGGCAAAGAAAGCUGGCUGAAUUACAGAUCCUGGAUCUGGAUGUCAGAGGCCUUCCUGCCAAGAUAAAGCAGAUGAGGAGGGACCAUGACUACAUGAUCAAGGCAUGGGAAAGGGACAGGCUGCAGAGGGAAGCUGAUACAAUGCAGUUGGAUGGGACCAAACUCGAGGAUGAGACCCUGGCAGGGGUGAGGGACGAGGUGAAGACUGAUGCUGCUGCUCUCCUGUUACAGCAAGGCUCAGAGCGCACAUCACAAAGCUGUUCCUCACCUGUCACACUUCAUGAGCCAAAUCAAUCUGAAGCAAGCCAGUCGACCCAAGCCAAGUGUACAUUGACAAAUGUGAAGGAAAGGGAUCAUAACAAAAGUGGUGCUGUUGCUCGCCCUCUGCCCAAUGGUUGGAAGCAUGCAUCAAGACCCCCUCUUUCCUCUGGCCCUUGUUCUUCAGAGAAUGAAGGAAAAGAUGUCACCGCUCAACCUAGGUCCAGCGGUUUGAAGUGCACAUCUACAUUUAAUUUCCUGUCUCAAAACUCGUUGUGGUCCCAUGGAGGCCAGUCAGACUCUGACUCUGAAAACUCCGACUGCUCCUCUUUCCAAGCGAAGUGUACAUUCCCCCACAAGUUAAUAUCUGUGCCAGACCUACCUCUCAGAGACCACUCUCAUGAACCACCCUCCACCCUGAUUUGUGCAAGUAGUCUUGCAAUUGUGGCCAGGAGGAAUGGAACACAGUCACCACCAGCCAGAGCUUCUAUGAACAAUAAAGAGGACAGUGUAGAGGAUGAGAUGACAGACAGCGAGAGUGAGGACAGUAGCAUUCAACAGGAAGAGGCCACAAGAAACAAGGACGACCCAACCCAGCAACUAAAGGAAUUACAGUACUUGGUACUGACAACGGAAAAUAAACUGGAAUUGGCGAAACAGCUGGAAAAAGAUACAAGGGCGUCUUACAAAAAGGAGAGAGACCAGCUGGCAUUGAAGAAGAAAGACUUCCAAAAAAAUAAAAAAAUAAUGCUGUCUGACCUGAAAAAGAGGACGAGGGAAGAACUGAAGGUGCUAGAGAACGAAAUAGAACAAGGCCAGAAGAGGGUUGAUAAGGAGCUGAAACAAGAGACAGCCAACCUGAAAGCUCUCUUGAACGAAUAUAAAAAGGCCUUGAAAGAUGAGGAAAAGAAGGAAAAGGAGAGGCAGAAGGUUCUGCAAAAGCAACAAAAGGAAAAAGCAAAGGAAGAGAAGCUCAAGCAGAAAAAAAUAAAGAAGGAAGAGGAUAAAAAAUAUUCAGAUGGAGUUGGCCGAGGAGAGAAAAAUAAAAAAAGCAUUGUUUAUGGCAGAGCAUAAAGAAGAGAAACGGAAGAAAGAGAUCAGCAAGAUAUGGGAAAAGAGGGAGAAAGAGGAAUACAGGGCAUUAAAGCUAAAGGCUAAAUGUGAAAAAAGAAGUCAGAAAAGCAACAGGAGGUGGACAAAAAGAAUAAACAAAGCUACUAAAAUCAAAAACAAAAUAGCUGCAGCGCCAGGACGUUUCUUCCGCCUUUUCCAACCCAGUUAUGGAAAGAGAGUGGAGAAAAUGCUGAAGGAGCAACAGAAUGAACAGCUGCUCUGGCAACAAAAUGCGAAGAACAACGAGCAGUGGCUUAUAGAGGAAAGGGAGAGGAAGAGGCAGGAGGUGGAGCGAGCGGAGGAGGAGAACAAGAGGCGCCUGGAGGAAAGGAAGAAAGCACAUGUUGCCGAGCAGGAGGCCAACGAAUGGGGCGGCAAGAUGCGGGUUGUGCUGUCAGAAGCGAGGAGCAGUGCAAGCCGCAUCAAUAUACAGUUCUGAAAAAAACAGACGACAGGACACCACAUGACGAGGACAGGACGAAAGUGGUGCAAAAGAAGCAACUAAGGAAGAAACACAAAGACGUUUCCAGGGGGAGGAGAGAGGUCAUUUUCACAGGAACUGCUGCUACCAAACACACAGGAACUGUCAUCAUGAAACUCCUUGUAUGGUUUGUAUGAGAAGUAUCGGGACAUUGUCACCAAGGUAAGGCAGAUUUAGAUGUUAAUUUGCAUGGCAUGAUGCCAAGAUACAUUCUGGAAUGUUAUGCUAACCAGAGACGAAGAGGCUAAUGAUCAGAGCCUAUGGAAUGCUUACAUUUUUCAAAAAUUAGAGGUGAAUCACAGGGACUGUACAUAGGCAAAGCAAAACGGUCAGGUGACGAGUGAGCGCUGUCAAUGUGUACGCAGCUUUCAAGAAGGUUAGUUAUGCUAAUCAGAGAAAUGUCUUCUCUCCAAGUAGACUCAAACUAAAUGUGUCCUGACACAAACAUGAGUAUCAUACAACAUAGAGGACGAGGAGAAAUCAUGGUGGAAGCAGAUCUCUCAGCUCCAGCGGGAACUCUCAACUAAAAGCUUCUCUUGAACACCGCUCCAUCCAUCUGCUGUUCCAGCACCAGCCCAAGGAGGAUGGGUUCCCCCAACAGCCUGGGUCCUCCCAAGGUUUCUUCCAGCUUUCAGCUGGGAGUUUUUCCUUGCCACCGUUGCCUACGGCUUGCUUUUUGGGGGCAUGAGGACAGUGUGAAUUUCUAUUUUAUAGAACACAACAAUUGUAACAGUAAUAAAAACAAAAACAUUUA